AUGUUGUUGUUGGAAUUAAAGUUUGGGGGAAGGAUGUCUAUGAUCGACGAGCCUCUGUACCCUAUCGCUGUGCUUAUAGACGAGCUAAAGAACGAUGACAUUCAGCUUAGAUUGAACUCAAUCAGGAGGCUUUCCACGAUCGCUCGUGCUCUGGGAGAGGAGAGGACCAGGAAGGAGCUGAUCCCUUUUCUCAGUGAAAACAACGACGACGAUGACGAGGUGCUGCUUGCGAUGGCUGAAGAGUUGGGAGUGUUUAUUCCUUAUGUCGGAGGCGUCGAGCAUGCGCAUGUUCUGCUUCCGCCUCUGGAGACUCUCGCCGCCGUUGAGGAAACCUGCGUGAGGGAGAAAGCUGUGGAGUCGCUCUGCAGAGUUGGUUCUCAGAUGAGGGAGAGCGACUUGGUCGAUCAUUUCAUACCGUUGGUUAAGCGACUUGCAGCUGGUGAAUGGUUCACAGCCAGAGUUUCGGCUUGUGGAGUUUUCCAUAUUGCAUACCCAAGCGCUCCAGAUACGUUGAAGGCCGAGUUAAGAUCGUUAUAUAGCCAGCUUUGUCAAGAUGAUAUGCCGAUGGUGCGGAGAGCUGCAGCAACCAAUCUUGGGAAAUUUGCUGCUACGAUUGAGUCAGCGCAUUUGAAGACAGACAUUAUGUCCAUGUUUGAAGAUCUUACUCAAGAUGAUCAAGAUUCCGUUAGAUUAUUGGCUGUUGAGGGUUGUGCUGCUCUUGGGAAGUUGUUGGAGCCCCAGGACUGUGUCGCACACAUUCUUCCCGUGAUUGUUAACUUCUCUCAGGAGCUAUCAUCGGACUCUUCUCAGCACGUCAGAUCUGCAUUGGCCUCAGUUAUAAUGGGAAUGGCUCCAGUCCUGGGUAAGGAUGCAACAAUUGAGCAUCUCCUUCCAAUCUUUCUUUCUCUACUGAAAGAUGAGUUUCCCGAUGUACGCUUGAACAUUAUCAGCAAACUCGACCAAGUCAAUCAGGUCAUUGGGAUUGAUCUACUAUCACAAUCCUUGUUGCCAGCAAUUGUAGAACUUGCUGAAGAUAGACACUGGAGAGUAAGACUUGCUAUAAUUGAGUAUAUCCCUUUGUUGGCAAGUCAGUUAGGUGUUGGCUUCUUUGACGAUAAGCUUGGCACUCUUUGCAUGCAUUGGUUAAAAGACAAGGUUCACUCAAUCCGCGAUGCUGCUGCAAACAAUCUGAAGCGGCUUGCUGAGGAAUUUGGUCCUGAAUGGGCAAUGCAACAUAUCGUUCCUCAGGUUCUUGAGAUGAUUAACAACCCUCAUUAUCUAUACCGUAUGACGAUUUUGCGUGCGGUUUCUCUUCUUGCACCAGUGAUGGGCUCGGAGAUCACAUGCUCUAAGCUGUUACCUGUAGUAAUGACUGCUUCCAAAGACAGGCAAGUUCUCUCACUGGUUCCAAAUAUCAAAUUCAACGUAGCCAAAGUGCUUCAGUCUCUCAUUCCAAUAGUCGAUCAAUCGGUUGUAGAGCAGACGAUCCGUCCUGGGCUUGUGGAGCUAAGCGAGGAUCCAGAUGUUGAUGUGAGGUUUUUUGCAAACCAAGCUCUUCAAUCUAUUGACAAUGUCAUGAUGUCUAGUUAAGGAAAACUUUUUCAGAUCUUGUCUCUGCUCUAUAAAUCUGGUUUUUCUAUUUGAUGCAAUAUCAAAACCUCAAGACUUUUGUAACGUAGUACUGAGAUUUCUUGUGUUCUGUUUUUAAUUACACGUAAAACACUUGAGUCACUCGGUAGGGAACUUGUCCAUUGUCUUGUCUUGCUACUAAUGUGUUUUUAUGUAUUUUGUUUUUAAUAACUUCUCCUUUAGUUUACGAACAUGUAGCUUUUACUUGCUACCAAUUUUACUGAAUUUUAUGAUUUUAAACCUAACCGGCAU